AUGCAGACUGCUUCUGCAAACAUUUGUGAAAAAAUGGCAAUAAGUCCAUCCAUGAAAUGUCCUUGCACUAAAUAUUCCAGGUCAACUAUUAGUGGUAUUAUAACAAAGUGGAAGCAGCUGGGAACAACAGCAACUCAGCCACAAAGUGAUAGGCCACAUAAAAUGAAAGAGCGGGGUCAUGCUGAAACGCAAAGUGCGCAGAAGUUGACAACCAUCUGCAGAGUCAAUAGCUAAAGACCUCCAAACUUUGUGUGGCCUUCAGAUUAGCACAACAACAGUGUGUAUAGAUCUUCAUGGAAUGGGUUUCCAUGGCUGAGCAGCUGCAUCCAAGCCUUACAUCACUAAGUGCAAUGCAAAGUGUUGGAUGCAGUGGUGUAAAGCAUACCAUCACUGGACUCUAG